AUGAGCAUAAUACCACCAAAAGAAGCAACCAAUUUUAUAGAAUUCGUUAACAAUUCACCUUCUCCCUUUCAUGCGGUAGAAGAAGCCCGUGUGCGUUUAUCCGCCGCUGGAUAUAAAGAAAUAUGUGAACGAGAAAGCUGGAAUAACGUCCUCGAGCUAAAUGGCAAAUAUUAUUUUACUAGAAACAGGAGUACAAUAGUUGCAUUUGCCAUUGGGCGUAAAUACAAAACAGGAAACGGUAUUUCGAUUGUUGGAGCUCAUACUGAUUCUCCUUGCUUGAAAUUGAAACCAAUUUCAAAGAAAGAGAAAGUUGGGUAUUUGCAAAUUGGUGUUGAAACUUAUGGUGGGGGUAUUUGGCAUACAUGGUUUGAUCGUGAUUUAAGUGUCGCUGGACGUGCGAUUGUCGACGAUGAUGGAAAACUUAUUAGCAAGUUAGUUAGAAUUCGGCAACCUAUUCUUCGGGUGCCUACACUGGCUAUACAUCUUGAGCGUGAUGUUAAUUCUGCAGGAUUUAAAUUCAAUAAUGAAAACCAUCUCUGUCCCUUGAUUGCGACUGUUACGAAGGAUUUGACUAAGCCUGGAAAAUCAGAGAAAGAUGAUGAUACAGGAAAUCCGUUUAUCGUAAAGCACCAACCUAUAUUGAUAGAAGUUUUAGCCAAAGAAUUAGACGUCAGGGUUGAUCAAAUCAGGGAUCUUGAACUUUGUCUAUACGAUACCCAACCAUCGACAAUCGGGGGAGUUUAUAAUGAAUUCAUUUUCUCUGCUCGUCUCGACAACUUGAUGAUGUCAUAUACUGCAUUAACAGCUUUAAUUAACAGUACAUCUGAUCCUGAUUCAUUAUCAAAUGAACAUAAUAUUAGAAUGAUUGCCUUAUUUGAUAAUGAAGAAGUUGGAAGUACGUCAGCUCAUGGGGCUAACUCGAGUCUUUUAGAAACCACUAUUCGAAGAUUGGUAUUUUCAAAUAUUAGAGGGAAUAUUCAAGAAACGACUUCUCAUACAAUAUUCGAAGAAACAGUGCAUAAGAGUUUUUUUAUCAGCGCGGAUAUGGGACACGCUGUACAUCCAAAUUAUUUUGAAAAACAUGAAGAAAAUCAUCGUCCAGAGAUGCAUAAAGGCGUUGUAAUUAAAGUAAAUUCUAGUCAACGUUAUGCCACAACAGCGGCAACAACGAUUGUAUUACGAGAAGUUGCUGAAAAAAGAAAUAUUCCGCUUCAAGAAUUUGUUGUUCGUGCUGAUACUCCCUGUGGAUCUACUAUUGGGCCAAUGAUUAGUGCUAAUUUAGGAAUACGCACAAUUGAUGUGGGUAAUCCACAACUUAGUAUGCAUUCGAUUCGUGAAGUUGCUGGUACAGAUGACGUUGGACAUGCAAUCAAUUUAUUCAAAACAUUCUUUGAAGAAUUCCAUGAAAUCGACCAACGUGUGAUUGUUGACUAG